GACGACACUUGAAUGAAUCCUUUCCUUUGCUGAACGCUAUACACUUUAUUUUUCAUUUAAAAAGAAAAACACAGAGAGAGUGGAAAGAGGGAAGGAAAUGAAAUCGAUGUUUGGGAGUCCAGGGAAGGCGAGCGGGCUUGUGCUGAGAUUGGGGCAGUGUUUAUUUGCUGCUGCAGCUCUUUCUGUUAUGGCUUCUUCUCCUGGUUUCACUACUUGUACUUCCUUCUGCUAUUUAAUUGCAGCAAUGGGACUUGAAGUUUUGUGGAGUUUUGGACUUGCCUGCCUUGAUAUUCAUGCUCUAAGGUUGAAGAAAGAUCUGCACAAUCAUAUCUUCUUGAGCUUGCUCGUCGUUGGCGAUUGGGUGACUGCCUUUCUAUCGUUUGCAGCUGCUUGCUCCUCGGCUGGAGUGAUGGUUGUAUUUAUAAAAGACACAGAUAUCUGCAGAUUGCAGCCGACGUUGUCAUGUAAUACGUUCCAGAGUUGGAGGUAGGAGAAAGCAAUGAAGAAUAAAAGAGUACGGCUUUGUGGUGGGGCUGGGGUGUAUUAGCAAAUUAAAUCUCAUUGACCUAUUAAUACUUUCUUCUUUCUUUUCAACCAAUAGUGAAUGCUUGUCACACGUAGUUAGUUACUCUAUAAAUUUUAUUAUCUGAAUGGUA